AAUAAAAACAGAAAUUUUAUCCCUUACGAAAAUUCAUCAUUGCUUCUUAAUUCCUCCGAUUCUUCCAACCGCCGGCCAAAAAAUUCCCUCCAUUGUCCCCAUCUCGCAUUCUGCAGCAAAGAAACCAUUAAUCUCUGAAUCAUUAUCGUCGCACAUGUAAAAUGGAGCUAUUCGAGAAAGCGAGGGUGAUCCGUCUCCGAAGCCACCACGACAAGUACCUGCUCGCCGACGACGAUCAGGAAGGCGUGAGCCAGGAUCGGAACGGGAUGUCGAAGAACGCCAGAUGGACGGUGGAGAUUGUGGAAGGGUACCAGGCCAUACGGUUACAAAGCUGCUACAGCAAGUACCUGACCGCCUCCUCCACGCCGUUCCUCCUCGGGAUGACCGGGAAAAAAGUGAUUCAGACCACUCCCCCGCGCCUUGACACCUCCGUCGAGUGGGAGCCCAUUAGAGAAGGCGUUCAGGUUCGCCUGAAAACCCGCCACGGCCAGUACCUUCGCGCCAACGGCGGCGUCCCUCCUUGGAGGAAUCAUGUCACCCACGACAUCCCUCAUAGAACUGCAACCCAGGAUUGGAUUCUGUGGGAUGUUGAUGUGAUGGAGCUAAGACCUCCGCCGCAGCAACAAUCUUCCGAUCACCGACCGCCGCAAGGCCCUGGUGGCCGGUCUUUCGAAGCCUCUCUCCAGCCUCCUCCUCCGUCGUUUGGACCCAAACCUUCCCUGUCAAGAAUGGAGUCUGAUGAUACGUUUGUGAUGCCAGCGAAAAAUGAAGGUAGGGUGAUCAAGUACGUAGUGGCAAAUGAGAAAGGACAAGUUGAUAAAGAUGAAGAAGGGAGUACCUUUUCUUUCAAGGGAACUGAGGUGGGGGAACUGAAGGAGAGGUUGGAGGAAGAGACAGGAAUGAGUGACAUCCUCGUAUGUUCUCAAAAUCCUUUGAAUGGGAUGCUCAAUCCUCUCACCUUGCAGUAUCUGCCACCAAAUAACGCAAGUAUGAAUGUUGUUGUAGUUCCCUCGGCUGGAAAAGGUUGGUGCAAAGAAUAUUACGCAACCGCCUUCAGAGUAGUAAUGGGCUGGCCAUCUCUUGCAUCGACUGAGGACUCUGUUGAGAGAAAACAACGCUUGCGCCGUAGCUCGUGGUUGAUGGAUGACCAGAGUGUAGAUGGAGCCAUGUAGUAGAGUCCUUCAUCCAAUGGUUAACCUAAACACACAAGGUUUCUGUCUCAAUUGUUGACAUUAAACUUCAUGUUAUGUGCAACUAUCUUCGGGCUGUCUGCGAACUUUGCUAACAUCACAAAUGAAGAAGUAUAUAUCAGAGGUUUCCAGCACUUCAGCAACUGUUACUUCCAAGCUAAGAAAUUUAAAGUAGUUUUCUCCUUCAUUCUUCCUAGACUGACGUCUUCCCUUUUGCUGUUUCCUUGUAAGGUAGAGAGUAAAUGGCUUAGCUUCUCACUUGCUAAUAAGUUUAAAGCAGUACUUCCUUUUAUGCAUACCUUUUCUAUCCUCCCCUUGUAGAGUUUGUAACACGAAAC